AUGGAGCCCAGUACCCCCUUUUGGACCCGGACUUGUUUGCUGGUCUUCCUGGUUGUCUCUCAGAAUCAUGCAGUCAAGACCCAGAGUCUGUCCUCAGGUAACGACACCCUGCGGCCCCGGGAUUCCGCCGGCUCAGCGUUUAAUCGUCUUUCAUUGGCAGCCAACGCUUCUCACGUGGGACAGGUGUGCACCACCUGGGGGCGCUCUCACUGGAAGACGCUGGACGGCGCCUUCUUCCAGCUGGCGUCCUCAUGCAACCACCUGCUGGCCGCCGACUGUCACAACUCCUACGAGGACUUCAACAUCCAGAUGAGGCGCCAGGCGGCCGAAGGCGGCGGCGCCAUCGACGCCGUGCUGAUGAGGUUGGACGCCAACAUGGUGGAGCUUAGUGGCGACGGCGUGCGUCUUAAUGGGAAAAGCGUGUCUCUGCCUGUAGUCGCCUUUGGACUGACCAUCAAGGAGACCUCAUCCAGUGUCCUAGUCCAGACCCAACUGGGAGUCCAUGUGGUGUGGAACUUGGACGACUCAUUAGAUAUUGAAAUCGACAAUAAGUACAGGAAUCUGACGUGUGGGCUGUGUGGAAACUUUGAUGGCAUCGACAACGAGUUCAUGAAGGAUGGAAAAAUACUCUCCGUUCUGGACUACGCCGACAGUCACAGGGUCAGUGGACCAGCCGAGAACUGUGAGGAGGAAGACCUGCUGGAGGACCUCGCUCCGGACCACAGAGAACAGCGUCUCUGUAGGCAGAUUUUCACCGACGCCGCCUUCGCCAGCUGCCGCAACCUUCUGGAAGUGCACGCUUUUGUCAAAGCGUGCUCUUCUGACAUCCGCCGCGCCUCCUCCCGCAGCGACCCAUCCCUCUGUCAGACCGUCUCGGAAUUCUCCAGACAGUGCGUCCACGCAGGCGGAGCCCCGGGAAAAUGGAGGAACGCCACCUUCUGCUACAGGAAGUGUCCGUCCAACAUGGAGUUUUUGGAGUGCAGCAGCUUGUGUCCUGACAGCUGCAGCAACCCCGAGGCCAGCCGCACGUGCGACACCCACUGUCACGACGGGUGCAGCUGCCCCCACGGCACAAUCCUGGAUGACAUCAGCGACUCCGGCUGCGUUCCUGCUGACCAAUGUCCAUGUCUGCACAAAACCCAAGUGUACCAGUCUGCACAGUCCUUCUCCUACAACUGCGGAAAAUGUGUGUGUGAGAGUGGUCACUGGAGCUGCACAGAGGACAACUGUCCCGGGAGCUGCUCCCUGGAGGGCGGGGCCCACAUCAGCACCUUUGAUGACAAAGUGUACACCUUCCACGGGGACUGCACCUACGUCUUGGCCAAGCAGAGUGACGGGUCCUUGUACACGGUGCUGGUGGACCUCGCCCAGUGUGGUCUGACUGACAGUCAAACCUGCCUCAGAGCAGUGACGCUGGCCUUGAACAGCAAGUCUCUGGUGGUUAAAAUUCAUGCUUCUGGACAAGUCUUUGUCAACCACAUCCUGUCUCAGCUGCCUCUCUUCACAUCCGAGAUUAGCAUCUUCCAGCCAUCCUCCUUCUACAUCUUCAUCAGCACCAAGCUUGGCCUGAAGCUGGCGGUCCAACUGACCCCGCUAAUGCAGGUCUUCCUGUCAGCCCCCACCUCAAUGAAAGGAAGCACCUCAGGAUUGUGUGGCAACUUCAACAACAUCAUGAGCGACGACUUCCGCGUGAUAAGCGGUCUAGUAGAGGGCACAGCUGCCGCCUUCGCCAACACAUGGAAAACCAGAGCCGGCUGCCCGGACGUCAACACGCGCUUCGGACACCCCUGCAGUCACGGCAUCAGCAAAGAGAGCUAUGCUCAGUACUGGUGCUCCAAGCUAACUGAUCCCAGCUCAGCCUUCGCCACCUGCCACUCCGUCGUCAGCCCCGACGCCUUCAAAGACAACUGCAUAUAUGACACCUGCAACUGUGACGACACUGAGCAGUGCAUGUGUGCUGCCGUGUCCGCCUACGUGUACGCCUGCUCAGCGGCCGGGAUCCAGAUCAGCGAGUGGAGGACCACCGCAUGUGGCCGGUUCUCGUCAUGUCCGGCGGGCACGGUGUACCGAUACAACAUGACCAGCUGCGCUCGCACCUGCCGCUCCCGCAGCCAGCCGGACUACUCGUGCCAGGCCGGCUUCACGGCGGUGGACGGCUGCGGCUGCGCGGAAGGAAGCUACAUGGACGAGCGAGGACAGUGCGUGUCCCCCGCCUCUUGUCCCUGUUACGUCAAAGACAGCGUCAUUCCGCACGGCGAAGCGAUCAUCAGCGAAGGAUGUACAUGCAUCUGCAGACAUGGCGAACUCAGCUGCCCUGGAGGAGUGCCGACGCUGUCAGACGAUUGUGUGGCCCCCAAGGUCUACUUUAACUGCCCCACUGCUCAGCCUGGAGCCACGGGCACUGAGUGUGAGAAGAGCUGCAGCACUGUGGACAUGGCCUGUAUCAGCAGUGGCUGCACAUCAGGCUGCAUGUGUCCUGAGGGUCUGCUGUCUGAUGGAGCCGGGGGCUGCAUCAGUGAGUCCAAGUGUCCAUGUGUGCACAAUGGACAGACCUACAAACCUGGACACACUCUGAGGGUGGACUGCAACACCUGUUACUGCGCGGGUCGAAAGUUCUCGUGCAGCACCAAGGUGUGUGACGCAGUGUGUCGCGUGUACGGCGACGGUCACUACAUCACCUUUGACGACAAGAGGUUUGACUUCAGUGGACAGUGUGAAUACACCCUCCUGCAGGACUACUGUGGAGAUACUCAGUCCAAUGGAAGCUUCAGGAUUAUCAGUGAGAAUGUUCCAUGUGGAACCACAGGAACCACCUGCUCCAAGACCAUCAAGAUCUUCCUGGAGGAGGAUGAAUUCCAGCUGAAGGAAGAGAACUUCCACGUGAUUAAGGGCAGCCAGAAGGUGUCUCCUGCUCGGGUGUACAAUAUGGGUCUUUACUUGGUGCUGACCCUCCAGCCAGGACUUGCGCUCAUGUGGGACAGGAAGACCAGUCUUUUCAUCAAACUGGCACCACCAUUCCAGGGUCACGUCUGCGGUCUGUGCGGCAACUACGACGGCAACAUCAAGAAUGACUUCACCAAACGCUCCCAAGAGGUUGUGACGGAUGCCCUGGAGUUUGGGAACAGUUGGAAGGCAUCCUCCAGCUGCCCAGAUUCCGAGCUCGUCAAGGAUCCCUGCAGCGCCAACCGCUACCGAGCAGCCUGGGCCCAGAGACAAUGCAGCAUCAUCAUCAGUGUCACUUUCCAGAGCUGUCACUCAAAGGUGGAUCCGAGUCCAUACUACGACGCCUGUGUGAGGGACUCAUGUGCUUGUGACACCGGCGGCGACUGUGAGUGCUUCUGCACGGCGGUGGCGGCCUACGCCUCAGCUUGCAACCAGGCCGCAGCGUGCGUCUCAUGGAGAACCCCCAAACUGUGCCCCGUUUUCUGUGAUUACUACAACGCCCCUGCUGCCUGCGAGUGGCACUACAAGCCCUGUGGAGCAGACUGCAUGAAGACUUGUAGGAAUCCUUCUGGGAACUGCUCCGACCUCAUCACCGGCCUGGAAGGUUGUUAUCCGCAAUGUCCUCCAAGUGAACCGUACUUUGAUGAAGACACCAUGUCAUGUGUGUCCUGGAAGCAGUGUGGUUGCUAUGACGACCAAGGUAUCCAUUACAGCAUCUCAGAGGUAGUUCCUGCUAAAAGUUGUUACACUUGCUCCUGUACAAUCUCUGGAAUACAGUGUAGCUACAAUGUAAACACGUGCACAUGCUUCAUUAACGGCAAAACCUAUGCUUAUGGCGCCACCAUCUACAACACCUCGGAUGGACUGGGAAACUGCAUCACGGCGACAUGUGGAGUCAACAACACUAUGAACAGGAACAUGUAUCCCUGCUUUACAACCAUCAGCCCGCAAACAACACCCUUUACUUUCAGCACGGCUGAAAGGACUUCUGCAACCACAAAGGGAAGUACAACUGAACCAAGAGAAACAACCUCAAGCGGAACUACCAAUAUACCUGAAGAAACAAGCACCACAGAGAAGACAACAGAGUACAAAACAAUCUCACCCAUAUUCACUAUUAGCCCGACAACCACUUCUACCACAACACAAGGAGAAAUUACAACUUUUGUACCAGGUAGCACAUUAACUAGUGAAGCGACAGGAAAAACAUCCCAACCCUCUGUUAGUACCACAACGACCAAAUUAUCAUCAACGUCCACAUUGGGAACUACCACUGGAAAAACCACAACAGCACAGAUAACAACUGUACACGGUGAGACAACACCACCUGGAUUGACCACUGGCAAAACCACCGCCUCUACCACAACUACUCGAAAAACUACAACCAUGAUACCGGGUGGCACAACAUUGACUCAAAAUACAGGAACAACAUCCCGGCCUUCUGUUAGUACUACAACAACUAUAACACCCUCAACAACCAUAUUGGGAACUACCACUGGACCUGGAGAAACCACAACAGCACAGAGAACAACUGUACAAGGUGAGACCACACCACCUAGUACAACCACCUCUACCACAACCCUUGGAAAAACUACAACCUCUGUACCAGGUAGCCAAACAACAAUUACUGAAAACACAGGAACAACAUCCCAAACCUCUUUUAGUACUACAACAACAAAAGUACCAUCAACAUCCUCAUUGGGAGCUACCACUGCACUUAGAGAAACCACAACAGUGCAGAGAACAACUGUACAAGGUGAGACCACACCACCUGGUACAACAACCAGCUCUACCACAAAUCUUGGAAAAUCUACAACCUCUGUACCAGGUAGCCAAACAACAAUUACUGAAAACACAGGAACAACAUCCCAACCCUCUGUUAGUACUACAACAACAAAAGUACCCUCAACAGCCACAUUGGUAACUACUACUGGACCUCAAGAAACCACAACAGCACAGAGAACCACUGUACAAGGUGAGACCACACCACCUGGUACAACAACCACAACUCUUGGAAAAACUACAACCUCUUACUACAACAACAAAAAUACCAUCAACAUCCUCAUUGGGAACUACCACUGCACCUGGAGAAACAACAACAGCACAGAGAACAACUGUAGAAGGGGAAACCACUUCGCCUGGUACAACAACCAUCUCGACCACAACUUUUGGAAAAACUACAACCUCUGUCCCAAUACUACAACAACAAAAAUACCAUCAACAUCCUCAUUGGGAACUACCACUGCACCUGGAGAAACCACAGCAGCACAGAGAACCACUGUACAAGAUGAGACCACACCACCUGGUACAACAACCACCUCGACCACAACUAUUGGAAAAACUACAACCUCUGUACCAGGUAGCCAAACAACAAGUACUGAAAACACAGGAACAACAUCCCAACCCUCUGUUAGUACUACAACAACAAAAAUACCACCAACACCCUCAUUGGGAACUACCGCUGCACCUGGAGAAACCACAACAGCACAGAGAACAACUGUACAAGUUGAAACAACAACACCUGAAUUCACCACUGGCACAGCCACCAGCUCUACCACAACUCUUGGAAAAACUACAACCUCUGUACCAAUUAGCCAAACAACAAUUACUGAAAAUACAGGAACAACACAACCCUCUGUUAGUACUACGACAACAAAAAUACCAUCAACAUCCUCAUUGGGAACUACCACUGCACCUGGAGAAACCACAACAGCACAGAGAACCACUGUACAAGGUGAGACCACACCACCUGGUACAACAACCACCUCUACCACAACUCUUGGAAAAACUACAACCUCUGUACCAGGUAGCCAAACAACAAUUACUGAAAACACAGGAACAACGUCCCAACCCUCUGUUAGUACUACAACAACAAAAAUAUCAUCAACAUCCUCAUUGGGAACUACCACUGCACCUGGAGAAACCACAACAGCACAGAGAACCACUGUACAAGAUGAGACCACACCACCUGGUACAACAACCACCUCGACCACAACUAUUGGAAAAACUACAACCUUUGUACCAGGUAGCCAAACAACAAGUACUGAAAACACAGGAACAACAUCCCAACCCUCUGUUAGUACUACAACAACAGAAAUACCAUCAACACCCUCAUUGGGAACUACCACUGCACCUGGAGAAACCACAACAGCACAGAGAACAACUGUACAAGGUGAGACAACACCACCUGAAUUCACCACUGGCACAACCACCAGCUCUACCACAACUCUUGGAAAAACUACAACCUCUGUACCAAUUAGCCAAACAACAAUUACUGAAAACACAGGAACAACAUCCCAACCCUCUGUUAGUACUACAACAACAACAAAAAUGCCAUCAACAUCCUCAUUGGGAACUACCACUGCACCUGGAGAAACCACAACAGCACAUAAAACAACUGUGCAAGGUGAGACAACACCACCUGAAUUCACCACUGGUACAACCACCAGCUCUACCACGUCUCUUGGAAAAACUACAACAUCUGUACCAGGUAGCCAAACAACAAUUACUGAAAAUACAGGAACAACACAACCCUCUGUUAGUACUACAACAACAAAAAUACCAUCAACAUCUUCAUUGGGAACUACCACUGCACCUGGAGAAACCACAACAGCACAGAGAACUACUGUACAAGGUGAGACCACACCACCUGGUACAACAACCACCUCAACCACAACUUUUGGAAAAACUACAACCUCUGUACCAGGUAGCCAAACAACAAUUACUGACAACACAGGAACAACAUCCCAACCCUCUGUUAGUACUACAACAACAAAAAUACCAUCAACAUCCUCAUUGAGAACUACCACUGGACCUGGAGAAACCACAACAGCACAGAGAACAACUGUACAAGGUGAGACAACACCACCUGAAUUCACCACUGGCACAACCACCAGCUCUACCACAACUCUUGGAAAAACUACAACCUCUGUACCAAUUAGCCAAACAACAAUUACUGAAAACACAGGAACAACAUCCCAACCCUCUGUUAGUACUACAACAACAAAAAUGCCAUCAACAUCCUCAUUGGGAACUACCACUGCACCUGGAGAAACCACAACAGCACAUAAAACAACUGUGCAAGGUGAGACAACACCACCUGAAUCCACCACUGGUACAACCACCAGUUCUACCACGUCUCUUGGAAAAACUACAACAUCUGUACCAGGUAGCCAAACAACAAUUACUGAAAAUACAGGAACAACACAACCCUCUGUUAGUACUACAACAACAAAAAUACCAUCAACAUCUUCAUUGGGAACUACCACUGCACCUGGAGAAACCACAACAGCACAGAGAACUACUGUACAAGGUGAGACCACACCACCUGGUACAACAACCACCUCGACCACAACUUUUGGAAAAACUACAACCUCUGUACCAGGUAGCCAAACAACAAUUACUGACAACACAGGAACAACAUCCCAACCCUCUGUUAGUACUACAACAACAAAAAUACCAUCAACAUCCUCAUUGAGAACUACCACUGGACCUGGAGAAACCACAACAGCACAGAGAACAACUGUACAAGGUGAGACAACACCACCUGAAUUCACCACAGGUACAACCACCAGCUCUACCACAUCUCUUGGAAAAACUACAACCUCUGUACCAGGUAGCCAAACAACAAUUACUGAAAAUACAGGAACAACACAACCCUCUGUUAGUACUACAACAACAAAAAUACCAUCAACAUCCUCAUUGGGAACUACCACUGCACCUGGAGAAACCACAACAGCACAGAGAACCACUGUACAAGGUGAGACCACACCACCUGGUACAACAACCACCUCUACCACAACUCUUGGAAAAACUACAACCUCUGUACCAGGUAGCCAAACAACAAGUACUGAAAACACAGGAACAACAUCCCAACCCUCUGUUAGUACUACAACAACAGAAAUACCAUCAACACCCUCAUUGGGAACUACCACUGCACCUGGAGAAACCACAACAGCACAGAGAACAACUGUACAAGGUGAGACAACACCACCUGAAUUCACCACUGGCACAACCCCCAGCUCUACCACAACUCUUGGAAAAACUACAACCUCUGUACCAAUUAGCCAAACAACAAUUACUGAAAACACAGGAACAACAUCCCAACCCUCUGUUAGUACUACAACAACAAAAAUGCCAUCAACAUCCUCAUUGGGAACUACCACUGCACCUGGAGAAACCACAACAGCACAUAAAACAACUGUGCAAGGUGAGACAACACCACCUGAAUUCACCACUGGUACAACCACCAGCUCUACCACGUCUCUUGGAAAAACUACAACAUCUGUACCAGGUAGCCAAACAACAAUUACUGAAAAUACAGGAACAACACAACCCUCUGUUAGUACUGCAACAACAAAAAUACCAUCAACAUCUUCAUUGGGAACUACCACUGCACCUGGAGAAACCACAACAGCACAGAGAACUACUGUACAAGGUGAGACCACACCACCUGGUACAACAACCACCUCGACCACAACUUUUGGAAAAACUACAACCUCUGUACCAGGUAGCCAAACAACAAUUACUGACAACACAGGAACAACAUCCCAACCCUCUGUUAGUACUACAACAAAAAUACCAUCAACAUCCUCAUUGAGAACUACCACUGGACCUGGAGAAACCACAACAGCACAGAGAACAACUGUACAAGGUGAGACAACACCACCUGAAUUCACCACUGGCACAACCACCAGCUCUACCACGACUCUUGGAAAAACUACAACCUCUGUACCAAGUAGCCAAACAACAAAUACUGAAAACACAGGAACAACAUCCCAACCCUCUGUUAGUACUACAACAACAAAAAUACCAUCAACAUCCUCAUUGGGAACUACCACUGCACCUGGAGAAACCACAACAGCACAGAGAACAACUGUCCAAGGUGAGACAACACCACCUGAAUUCACCACUGGUACAACCACCAGCUCUACCACAUCUCUUGGAAAAACUACAACUUAUGUACCAGGUAGCCAAACAACAAUUACUGAAAACACAGGAACAACAUCCCAACCCUCUAUUAGUACUACAACAACAAAAGUACCAGUAACAUCCUCAUUGGGAACUACCACUGCACUUGGAGAAACCACAACAGCACAGAGAACCACUGUACAAGGUGAGACCACACCACCUGGUACAACAACCACCUCGACCACAACUUUUGGAAAAACUACAACCUCUGUACCAGGUAGCCAAACAACAAUUACUGAAAACACAGGAGCAACAUCCCAACCAUCUGUUAGUACGACAACAACAAAAGUACCAGUAACAUCCUCAUUGGGAACUACCACUGCACCUGGAGAAACCACAACAGCACAGAGAACCACUGUACAAGGUGAGACAACCUCACCUGGAUUCACCACCGGCACAACCACCACCUCUACCACAACCCUUGGAAAACCUACAUCCUCUGUACCAGGUAGCCAAACAACAAUUACUGAAAACCCAGGAACAACAUCCCAACCCUCUGUUAAUACCACAACUACUAAAGUACCAUCAACAUCCUCAUUGGAAAAUAUCACUGGACUGGGAGAAACCACUACAGCAGAGAGAACAACUCCUGAAUUUACCACUGGCACAUCAACCACUUCUACCACUACACUUCACAAAGCUACAACCUCUCUCCCAGGUAGCACAGCAACAACUACAGAACAUUUGGAAACAACAUCCCAACCCUUUGUGAACACCACAACUACCAAAAUACCAUCAACCACUGAAGGUGUUGUCACUGGAGGACCACAAACAACAGUUGUGAUUACACAACCUUCAGUUUUGACCUCGACUAUUUUGACUCCAACAAGUGUUUUGGGCACUACAGUUAUCAGACCAAUAACUCAAACGCUUCCUGGUAGUUCAACUGUGUACACCAAUAAUUCAGUCAGUACUGGUCAAGCUGUAACUACAGCUUCUACUUCUCCAUCUUCCACUCCGUGUUCCUGCUUUUUCCAUGGAAAAACAUACAGUCCAGGUGACGUUGUGUACAAUGUAACACAUGGUUCCGGUUGGUGUUUUGUUGCAUUUUGCAACACAUCCUGUAAAGUUGUGUCCCAAUCCAAUUUGUGUCCAACACCGAUACCCGGCACGACCGCACAGUCUACCACCUCAGAGUCCAUUUCAACAACACACAUGUCCCCAUCCACAUCCACCCUGGACUGCACUCAUGUGUCUCCAUCUAGAUGGAAUGGAGAGUUGUGGAUUGUCGACAACUGCACCACAGCUAUGUGCAGAAAUGGCGUGGUCACGGAGUACCCAAAAACCUGUCCGGUGCCACAAGCACUCAUCUGUGCCAAUGGACGUAAAGCCACCAAGGUCUAUGAUUCCAAAGGAUGCUGCUACCACCCUGAAUGUCAAUGCGUGUGCAGCGUCUGGGGCGGUUCCCACUACAUGACGUUUGACGGGAAGUCAUUCAGUUUCCCAAAGAACUGCUCCUACUACCUGGUGAAAGAGAUCAUCGCCAAGCAUGAGCUGACAGUGGUGGUCAUCAGGCAUCACUGUGAUCCCUACGACAGCUCGUUUUGUCCUCAGGCUCUGAACAUCACAUACAAAUCCCAUCAAGUGCUCCUGAUUCAGAGGAAGACUUUGGGAAGUGUCAGCAAUUCGGUAUUUGUGAACCGCAAACGCAUAUAUCCCGCUUGGAGCAAUUCAGUGCUGCGCAUCACCAGCACGAACUUGGUGAUUACACUGGGGAUACCAGAGAUCCAGAGCCAUGUGGUCUACACGGGCUCGUCUUUCACCAUCCACCUUUCCAACUCCCUCUUUGGUGGCAACACUGAGGGACAGUGUGGGACGUGCGACAACUACCAGGCCAACGACUGCCGUUCCCCCAACGGCCAGGGGCAGCACUGCUACGACUCUGCCGACAGUUGGCUUGUCCCGGGAACGCCCUGUGUCACCCCCACCGGCUCGCCAGUUACCACGGAAACAACCACGGUCACGCCUUCGCCCUCACCCACAGAGGCUGUUUGCAAACCCGCCAUCUGUGACCUGAUCACCAGCAGCGUGUUCGCGCCGUGCCACGCGCUCAUACCUCCCGGACCUUUCGUGGCAUCGUGUGUGUCUGACGUCUGCAACCACGCCAACGACUCCUGCUCCAGUUUGGAGGCGUACGCCACCCAGUGUUCCAGUGAGGGAGUAUGCGUGGAUUGGAGGAGCCGCACUGGCGGCGAGUGCGAUGUUGUGUGUCCACCCGACCAAGUCUUCGUGGCCUGUGGCCCCCUUGUGGAGCCAACAUGUAAUGACAGGUAUAACCACCUGCAUCAACCUCUGUCGGCCGCGGCGCCCAACAGGACAAAGGAGGGCUGCUUCUGUCCCGAUGGCGCCAUCUUGUUCAACAGCAUCCACGACACCUGUGUCAUUUUCUGCGACUGCGUCGGACCGGACGGCAGACCCAAGCAGCCCGGCGACAGGUGGACGAGCGACUGCAACACGUGUGAGUGCGACGCCGACUCCAUGGGCAUCCAGUGUGAGCCCGUCCAAUGUCCGCCCGCUCCGAACCUGCAGUGCAGCGAGGCCGGCCAGCAGCUCGUCAACAAGACGGACGGCUGCUGCACCACACCGUCAUGUGAAUGUAACAGCAACUUGUGCCCACCGCCUCUGACUUGCUCACCGGGCUUCAAAGCCAACGUCACCAACGGCACCUGCUGCUUGUCCUACACCUGUGAGCCUAAAGGUGUGUGUGUCUACGACCUGAUGGAGUACAAGCCUGGCACCAAGAUAGCAGCCUCCAAGCCAACAGCGCCUCCAUCAGGAGCAUCUGGAACUACACCGCAGCCUUUUACGGUGGGGCCGUGCCAGGACUGUUACUGUGGGCACGACACGGACCCCCGCACCGGACUGAACACCAUCACGUGCACGCCCGUCGUGUGCGACACCAACUGCUCCGAGGGUUUCGACUACCGACCCGGGGCGUCCCAGUGUUGCGGUGUGUGCGUGCAAACAAGCUGCCUCGCCGUCACGUCUGACAACACAACACACGUCAUAGGGGUCAACAGCACCUUUGUGCCGCCGGGAGACUCGUGCACCAAGUUCACCUGUGAGAGCAUCAAUGGACAGUUGGUUACCAAGGAGACCAGAACCACCUGCCCCCCCUUUAACCCACGCGACUGUGAGCCUGGCACGGAGACGACCGACGCCGACGGCUGCUGCCAACGCUGUGAGCUGAGCGGCGUCUGCGUGGUACGAACGCAAGAGAGCGUGGUGGAAUCGAACGGCUGUCGCAGCAGUCUCCCGGUCAACGUGACGUCCUGCGCGGGCCGCUGUGGAAGUUCAGCCACAUACUCCCUGGCUGCCAACGCCUUGACGUACCAGUGCGGGUGUUGCCGCGAGGGCGCCACCAGUCGGCGGGAGCUGGAACUGACGUGUCCUGACGGCUCUAAGGUGCAGCACAGCGCCACUGUGGUGGAGACGUGCCACUGCAGCAAGGCUGCUUGUGGGUCGGCCAGCACCAGCACCAGCACCAGCAAACCAAGGGGGCGCCGCUGAGCAACUCCUUCCUCUUCCUCCAUGACUGAAGCUUUCAUGCAGUUUCUUUUUCUUUCUUCCCCCCACAUGAUACUCACUUUCUAAAUCAGCAGCAAGCCAUUUGAAUAGCAUCAUUUGUAUCACCUGAAUUAUUGUUUGCUUUUGCACAAAAUAAAAAACAAACAAAAAAUCUUCUUCCUGUCAGUGAGCUACAGUAUACCGUAUUUUCCGGA